CCUCUUCAGUCUGUUAAAACUCACUUUACGCUUGGUGGCUGUAGCUGUGCCCAAUAUCCGUUUGGCUACUUUUCCCUAUUCAGUAGUAUCCAUGGGCUGUCUUGCCUCAGCCUGUAUAGGAAUCGUGGAUACAGCCCCUACAAUGUUCUGGAUUAAAUGUGAUGUGAAUGAAUGCGUUUCUGAUUCUCCGCCAAACCUGAGAAGCAAGUAGCAAAUUAGGCCUUUGGGCUUUAGUGUCAACACCAGUGGGUUUCAUUUUGUUCCCAGCUCCGCUGCACGAACUGCUGAACUGACUAAAAUUUGUAGGUGAUUUUCAACUGAAUGCUGAUAAACUUAGUGAGCAUAAUGAUCACCACCCCUUUUUCUAUCCCGCAUAAUCUUUAUCGGCAAUCACCUCGUUCUAAAAUUAACCUUCAUGCUGAUAUUUCAUGACAUUGAAAACCAAAUUUUGUUUUACAACACCAAUAGUAAGCUCGAAAUCGAACUCCCGCCUAGAACAAAUCUGUUACCCUUUGGCGCGAGCCAGUCGUCUCGUGCAAUUUUCAUACGCGCUUGAAGGAGACCUGGUGAAUAAAAGUCUAGUGAUUAACGGAACUUGGCCAGUUGAAGGUUUUACCCGCUCAUAUUUGGAUUUGAAAGCGAGAUACUCAAGUUAGCUGGAAUUCGUAAACAACUAAACUUCUGAUAUUGCAACAGAUAUUUCUCAACCAAGUUGUAUUCAGUUUAAACGGACUUCAAAAUCAGUAUGAGUUCUGGUGGAAAUUCGGGAAUCAGAAAAAUACGCAAUACCAGCGUAACCGUUGAUGAAGAAAACAAAGAGAACCUGGAGGAAAAUCUCCAGGUAACUCCGAUAAAUACUUGGAAAAAUGUGAGUAGUACUCCACGAAAAACCGAAAGAAUACGAAGACUCGUUUCAAAGUAUAAUAAUGAUUUCAUCUUCGAUGAUCAUAUCAUAAAAAUAAUUACCUCCAAUUCGCCAUCAGAAUCCUCACCAAAAUCCAAUGUUAAAAUGAUAAAUGUUCAUCAGUUGAUGGAGACUACUAGGGCGAUUGGUGAACAGCUGGUGGAAAGUAGAGGACAGAUUAAUUCCUCAUCGAUUAAUGAGCUCUCUUCACUGUUACAGUUAUCUGUUAAUGACAACUGUCAACCAUUAAGAAAAAAGCUUGAAAAAGGCAAGAUAAAUGACCAAAUAGAGGAUUCGUCGAAAUAUUCACUUCCUAAUCAAUCAGUUGUCCAGAAAGCUUCAACGUCUACCGCACUUUCAGAUGUUAAUCCACCAUAUAAUGAUAAAAAUAAUGUAAUCAGAACAAACUGGUAUUCAAAAAGAAAUGCCUAUUUAACAUUACUUUCUGAAAUUCAAAAUUCAUCAUCAGAUUCAUCAACUACCACCUAUCCAUCAUCAUCAUCAUCAUCAUCAUCAUUAUCGGCGCACAACUCAUUAGACAGAUGUGUACAGAAUAAUACUUCAUCAACAAAUAAAGUUCACAAAGUAUCUAAAAAUGUUUUAACUGCUCAGGAUAAAGCACUUCACAAACUGCAACCAAAUAUUAUGGGAUAUAGAUGGAAUAGUAAAGAGGAGGCGUAUGGAGCAUCAUCUAGUGAAAGAGAGGUGGAAACGUUACUCUCAUGGAAAUAGUGAAAUUCCCCAUUCAUCAUCAUCAUAUCAAUUUUAUUUUAUUUUAUUUUAUUUACUUUUUUCUUCAGUGUAAUUAGUUAUUCUUAAUAAUGUGAUUGACUAUAAAUACCAUAUAAAUGAUUACAGCAUAUAUACAUCCACUAGAAAGAAAACUGCAUUUUGCCAACUUUUGUGCAUUUUUAUUUUUGUUAGUUUUUGUCUUUCUAAAUUUUUCCAGAAUAUUUUUCCAGUUAUUUUUUCUUUUCUAUUUAUUUUGUUGUUGUUAUUGAAAAAAUAAAGCAAAGAAACUAGAAGUA